CAUAUAGGCUAUAUUUAUAUUUACCUUCAUAAAUCUUGCAUUGAUAGGAACAUAGCUAGGCUAUUUCAGUUGCUACUAUGGUUGAUUAUUUUCAGGAAUGUUGAUUUUUUUGUUGUUGUUGUUUUUUGUUUUGUUUUUUGAAACAUGCAUUUAUUAUCAAUCAAUAUGGAAUGAAUUUAUGUACCCAUAAAGAACAUCUUAUUUUGUUACGCUAACUAAUGCUCCUCAUUUGGAAUUAUUCUAAUAGAUUUACAGCAAAUAAACACUGAAUAAAUAGUCCUACUGCGAAUAUAUACAAUUGAUUGAUUAAUAGUGAAUUUGACAUAAUCCCACUCCUACCCUUUAAAUUACUGCAGCUGAGGUGGCACAGGUAAACCACACAGUAAAACGUAGCCAGCCAGAGCUACAAUAGUGCUGACUGUAGACACAGGCGCAAUCAGAACAUUUUUAUGUGAUUCCAAAAUGGUGAAGAAAAUGAUUUUGGGGUGAACAAGGCACUGUUGAAACAAGUCCUGGGUCCAAAGGCAGUGGGUGAUGUGCUCAAGAUUUUAACGUCACCCAUCCCAUUCUCCAUACAGACCGAUGCCUCGAAUAAAUUGAGCAGGAAGAUGUUUCCCCUUGCUGUCCAGUACUUCAGUCCAGAGUCUGAGCUAACCAACAAAAUGCUGGACUUCAUAGAGAAUGCAGACGACUCAGCUGCUGGAAUUGUAGCUCUCCUGGAACAUUCCCAUAAGAAAUUUGGUUUGUCAAUGGAUCACGUGACCGGAUUCAGUGCCGACAACACAAAUGUUAAUUACGAUAUUCACAACUUUGUUUUCACUAACCCGCAGAAAAAAAAAAAAACAAUCUGCUGCAAGGAAACUGCCAUGCCCACAGAGUGCACAAUACAGUUUUUUCAUCUAAAAAUAGAUACAUUUCUAUGCAUUUUAGGAGUUUUGGGGAUGCUCCCUUUUUUUCGCCUGUAAGGCUUUGGGCGCGAGUGGGGCGUCCCUUAUUUCUAUUUCUGAAAGGUGGCAACCCUAUCCACAGGCGGGUUAUUUGCAGCGACGCUGCUGCAAGGAGUUGGAGUUCAAGGGAAAGAUCUAUAAUGCUUCCACCAAACUGCUGGCUAUUGGAACCGGGCCGCUCUGGGCUCGUAUAGUGCUGACGUUAUGGACUCCCUAGGUGCUAGCUAGCUAGCUGUUCUGAAGGAGAGCCGGACACUCCUGAUGCACAGUAUCCUCCUAAUCCCGGCAAAAGGUAUGGAAUCGGCAGUCUCGUUGGAUGUUUCCUCAGAUGUUUUAAACACAAUCAUGUGGCUCUAUUCAUUUUUCUGACGUGAAUUAAAAUGCUUGUCACUAGUACACGUCCAACCCGCUGUUUACCAGCAUGUGCGUUUUUUUCAUGGAUGACUAGAAAGCACUCCCAACUGAGUACAGACCCACACUAUGGAAACUCUUCGUAGACGACAUUCUGAAAAAGGAAAAAAAUGGACAUAGACAAAGACUCACAGACCACCUCAACACCAUAGACACCACUGGCAGCAUCAAAUUCAUCCAAGAAGAGAGAACAGAUCAAUCCAUAGCUUUUUUGGACAUACUGUAAAAAAUCCACAAUGACAACAGAGACAUCAAAAUGAAAGUACACAGGAAACCCACACUCACUGACCAAUACCUCCUAUGGACAUCUGAACACCCCACUAGCCACAAGCUGUCAGUAGUCAGAACAUUACGCAUGACAAAAAUCACAGAUCCAGAUGAGAGAACACAGAAGAAUAGCACAUACAACACUCGCUGAAAAGGUGUCAGUAUCCACAGUGGGCAUAAGCAAAAGGUGCAGGAGCGUUUAAAACAACACAACAUAGGGGGACAAACAAAACAAACACUUGGUGACGUUGCCGUAUGUGAGAGGAGUCAUGGAACGUAUCCAAAGAGACAUGAAAAAAUACAACGUAAACACACCGGUCAAAUCACACACAACACUUUGCUAGAUAUUGGUCCAUCCAAAGGACUUGGUGGACUUGAUCAACUUGUCAAGAGUCACGAAUCUGCUUUGGACAAGGUGAUGAUGCUGGAAAUUUUUUUUGGUGCUGUUCCAGUGAGAUUUACAAAGUUGAACUAAUUAAUUAUUUUUUUCAAGGUUUUUAUCUGAGUUUGUUGUACAUUAUAAAAUGUCUGAGUGAGUGCUCGUCCGAGACUGGUGAUUCCAUACUUUUUGCUAGGGGUUGUAUAAUGUUGGUUGUAGGUCUGUUGAUUGUAUGAGUUUUCAAAUCAUAAUUUCAAAAAAUGUAGGCCGAUAUGAAUUUAAAUUAGCAAUAACUAAGAAUCAAAAUGAGGGAAAUAAAUGCUUACAUUUUGCCAUAAGGAUAUUAUUGUGGUUAAAUGCAUGAUGUUAAGACACACCCAGCAUGCCCCGUCGACGACAACGAGCACUGAGACAAGUUGUCUCUCAAGCGCACUGGGAGAGACGACGCGACAAGGCCUAGGUACCCCAUUGAUGCUUACUAUUAUACAGGCAGGAAGAAUGGCUCUGGACAGUGAGCGGAAGGAGCUGCUGUUGAAAACGCUGUUGGAGCUGGGGAAAGACGACUUUGAGUCCUUCAAGUUCUACACGGACCUGCCUCAAAGCGUACGUGAAAACCCCAGCCGGGUGUACAUUGCUGACGAGUUGAUGAAGAAGCACGGGAAGAACGCUCUGGAGGAGACCAUCAAGAUUCUGGAGAAGAUCAGUAACAAGAACUUGGCCGAGAUGUUGCGUCGCAACAUGCUGGAAAUAAAAGGUGCCGUCUUCUCCGUUCAUGAUGAUGAUGAUCAGAUUUCCAGAUUGAAGGCUGACCUGCAAGGCAACCUGCGGUGUUUGUACAGUUUUGUCCCAGAGGGCAAUACCGAGCGCUGGAAGCAGCAGCCUUUGGCAGACAUCUACACGGAGCUGGAGGUCAGCUACGGGGCCGACGUCCGCCCCGACGAGCAGCACGAAAUCCUUCAGAUGGAGACGUGCGCAACGGCCAAAGAGUCUAUCCUGCCAUGCGACAUCUUCAAAAGCCCCGAUGGGAAGCAUCGACCGAUACGCUCGCUGCUCACUGUCGGCUUCGCGGGAAUCGGAAAAACCUUCCUGGUUCAAAAGUUUGUGUGUGACUGGGCCAGCGGGAAUACCAAUCAGGAUGUGCACUUCAUAUUUCCCUUCACCUUCCGGGAAUUGAACGCAGACAAAGGGAAAAGCUUUACGCUGGCCGAGCUAAUCCGACGCUACGUCUGUGAGAGCAGGCACAUGAGCGAGGAGACGCUGAACAAAAUAUUUGCCGACCUGCAGACAUCUGGAAAGCGGGACUACGAAAGCAGCGGGAUCAAGAUCUUGUUUGUCCUAGAUGGACUGGAUGAGUGCAACUUCAAAAUGGACUUGAAGAACGACACCAAAGUGGACACGGACGUGACGGAGGCCUACCCGCUGGAGGUGCUCCUGGCGCACCUCCUGAAGAGGAAUCUGCUACCCUGCGCCCGGGUUUGGAUCACUACGCGUCCCGCGACGGCCCACGAUAUCCCCUCCGAGCUCAUCGACAGCAGAACAGAAGUGAGAGGGUUCAGCGAUUCCCGAAGGCUGGAGUACUUUAGAAAAAGGUUCCCAAAUGAGGAUCACAUCAUGAAACACAUCCAGAAAUCUCGCACCAUCUUCAUCAUGUGCCACCUGCCCAUUUUCUGCUGGCUCACCGCCACAGUUCUUCAGGAUCAUUUGGACAGAGGGAAGGCGGAAAAGCUUCCGACAACCCUGACAGACAUGUACUCAGAGUAUGCGUUCAACCAACUGAAAAGGUCAGAGGAGAGACAGACGACAGAGUAUGUCUGUGUGCUAAAAGCGCUUGCAAAGCUGGCCUUUCACCACACCAUGAAUAAGCGUCAGAUCUUCUACGAGAAGGACCUGGUGGACAGCGGCUUUGAUUACGGCCAAGCUGCUAAACACUGCGGUUUGUUCACCGAGGUGUUUAAAGAGGUCCGUCCGCUUAGAAAAAACCAACAGGGCAAGAUGUUUCAGUUCGUUCAUCUGACCAUCCAGGAGUACCUGGCUGCACUGCACGUAAUGAUGAGCCUCUUCCACGAGAACAAGAACGUACUGGAUGAUUCAGAAUGGUCGCUGAAGAAAAUUGUCAGACUUUUUAAGCAGAAGACAAUCACUCAGGUACACAAGUCAGCUCUCCAGAAAGCCUCGGAGAGUGAAGGAAAUCUGGACCUGUUCCUCCGCUUCCUCUUUGGCCUUUCCUUGCCGUGCUACCAGGAACUAGUGGGGGAAGUGCUGAAGCUUCCUCCGGACUGCGUGCAAAGCAAGUCCAAGACAGUCGAGUUGAUCAAGGAAAGGAUAAAACAGAACUCUCCAGAGAAGAACGUCAACUUAUUCUACUGCCUAAAUGAGCUGAAGGACGACUCUUUGCUUAAGCACAUCCAGCAGGAACUAAAUUCAGUACGUCAGCACUGGCGCGACAUGCCAAAUGACAUGUGGUCGGCCCUGGCCUUCUUCUUACUGACAGACGACGAAACCAUGAAGUCCUUUCACCUGGGGAACUACGCCCCAUCACCUUUGGGGCUGGAGAAGUUGUUGGUGGUGGUCAAAGCUUCUCAAAUGUCAAUUCUAAGUAAAUGUAACUUGGACAAAGGCAGCUGCCAUCUACUGGCUUCCGUUCUCAGCUCUCCAUCCAACCUGAGGCAUCUGGACCUGUACUUCAAUGAUCUAUCGGACGAGGGGGUCGAGAUCCUCUCGAAUGGACUGUCUAGUCCACACUGCAUCUUACAGGUCCUCAAUCUGGAACACUGCGGGAUCACGAAGCGAGGAUGCGUUUCAUUGGCCGAGGCUCUCAAGUUAAACCCCUCCCAUCUUCAAGAGCUGGACUUGAGCUCCAAUGAUCUCUCAGACAGGGGGGUCGAGAUCCACUCGAAAGGACUGGCCUUUCCACACUGCAUCUUACAGGUCCUCAAUCUAAGUGAAUGUCGCCUGGACAAAGGGAGCUGUCACCUGCUGGCUUCCGUUCUCAGCUCUCCAUCCAACCUGACGCAUCUGGACCUGAGCGAUAACAAACUGUCGGACGAAGGGGUGGAGAUCCUGUCGAAAGGACUGGCCAGUCCGCACUGCAUAUUACAGGUCCUCAAUCUGGAACACUGCGGGAUCACGAUGCGAGGAUGCGUUUCAUUGGCCGAAGCUCUCAAACUAAACCCCUUCCGUCUCCAAGAGCUGGACCUGAGCACCAACAAUCUGACUGACGAGGGGGUCAAACACCUCUCGGAAGGACUGGCCAGCCCAUACUGCAACUUGAAACGCCUUGGGCUGUACGACUGUAGGAUUACCAAUAAAGGAUGCAUUUCAUUGGCCGAGGCUCUCAAGUUAAACCCCUCCCAUCUUCAAGAGCUGUACCUGAGGCUCAAUAAAAUAGGAGAAGAAGGAAAGAAGGUCUUAUCGGACGUCCAAGAAGAUCCCAGCUAUGGCUUGAAGACUGUCUACUUUAGCUCGUGGCGCUAAGGACGUCUGAUCCCUGGCGUCAAGAAGGGCGUCUCAUUCCAAAUGUUCAUUGCUGAGCCCAUUUUGUUCCGUCCCACGUUCUGUCCAAUGAGUUCAAUAAGUACCCUAUAUAGAGUUAACCUAUGUUUUUCGCAAAUUUUUAAAAAUGUCACAUGUACACUUGAAAUUGUUUUGUUCAUGUUGACAUCAAUGUUUUAGACGUGAUUAAUCAACAACAAUCCACAAAAAUAAAUACACUGGAAACAUUUCAUUUUGUUUUUUUUAACACUUAAAGCUACACUUGACUUUUCAGUUUUGGUCGAUUUUAGCAACGCAGAUGGACAAAAGCGGAAGUUUUUUGCCUUAAGGAAGACUGCGUUCCCCAUGAGGACCAGUGACAGCGUGGGAACUCCGCAUCUUGCCUGAUCGACACUGAAUAACACGGCGUGGCCCAUUUUGCAUUAAAAUGCCUCCGAAAAAAGUCCCGUCAAUGGAUGAAAUGGAGGAGA